GCGGGGGAUCAUUUGUAUCUGAAGUGUACGUUUUAUGCAAAAAGUCGUGGUGGCCUACACAUGUAUCUCUGCCAGAAUGGAGUCAUAAAGAGACUGGAAAUGCUUCAUAAAUCAGAAGAGACUACAUUUACCUUUCCCAGUGUGAAGAAAGCAGACUCUGGGAAUUACAGUUGUGUGUACUCAGAAGUUAAAUAUACACCUAAUACAGCGACUGCUGUUGGGAACAACUCCAUUUUCAUCCAAGUCAAAGACUUUAUGAUGGCUCAGAUUUUCGUAGAAACCCUUAAUGUAUCUGAGGGUGAAAAUAUGGAUGUGAUAUGUACUAUUUCCAAGGCCAGAACCCAGAAAACAUUGUACAUGUACCUUUGCAAGAAUGGGACUGGAGUCGACAUGACAGUAGCUCAGGCUGAGGGAACCAAAUUUACACUCAAGCAAGUUGGGGGAGAAGACUCAGGCAAUUACAGCUGUGUGUACUCAAUAAAGAAACAUCUUCCUGGCAACGUGACUUUGACAAGCUCCGAAAACUCCAUCAUCAUCCAAGUCACAGUCUCUCCAGACUCAAAGCAGGAGAAAUCAUCUCAAAACACCCCUUCUCUGACAUUGAAAUGGAUUAUAUUGGUUACCAUUCCUGUAAUUUUGCUGUGCGUGCUUGGAGCCGUGCCCUGCUUCUACAGAAGCCGUUUGCUGUCAAAACGACAAAUAGAGGAAACUCAGGUACCAGGAGUAAUCUACAGCGACCCAAGACUUGCGCAAAGUAACAGCGAGCCUGAACCAAGUAACAGUGCGGCCCAGCAGACGGAUGAAGUCUUCAGCAGACCAACAGAUACUAAAGCUAAAAAGACACCUAAAUCUCAUAGCAGUGAGAGUGAGCAGACAGAUGAAGACUUCAGUAGACCAACACAUACUAAAGCUAAAAAGAAACGUAAAUCUCGUAGCAGUGAGAGUCAGCAAACAGAUGAAGUCUACUGCAAUCUAACACACAUGAGUGAGAGUGAGCCGACAGAUGAAGACUUCAGUAGACCAAGGCAUACUAAAGCUAAAAAGAAACGUAAAACUCAUAGCAGUGAGAGUCAGCAAACAGAUGAAGUCUACUGCAAUCUAUCACACAUGGGUGUGACUGAAGAAACUCAACAGACAGAUGUAGUCUACAGUGAAUCAACGCGUUCCCGAUCUAAAAGGAAGCCGAAAUCUAGCAGUCCAGCAGAGAUGGAAUAUGCCAAUGUUCGAUAUAAAGAAAAGAAGAAACGACGUGAACUCCCUCCACCUGAGGAUUCUGUCCUUGGUGAACAUGUUGUGACAGGAGGUCAUGCCUAAGUCACAUUUUUUCAUCACACCAGUCACAUACUAAUAGCAGCGUUUAAUCUGAAUAUAGCACAAAUCUUGCUGUGCAUGUGUGCCAACAUUGCUCUCUCAUCUGUUGGUCUUUAAAGACCUUUCAUAACAUUGAUCCUUCACAGAGAAGGGCAACUUUGGCAAUGUAAUUGACAUGA